UUCAAUCGAACCGUGUCGCUAGUUCGAUCGCGCCACGACACACUUACUCCUCAAUAGCGCUUUAGAAAAUACCUGAAAAUUUUACCUUUGAUUAAUAAAAAAUAAUACAUAUAUCUUUCAUCUUCAAAAUAUGUAGUAUGAAUAUCUAAUCAACUUCUCAGUAUGGCCGCCGGAGACGUGACGCGGCGAGCAUCCAUCACAGCACCCUCGAUGCAUCGCCGCCCUUCGGCUAGGAGAGGUUCACUGAUCAAGAGCUCCCAACCCUCGUCAUCUCAGGAGGUGCCAUGGGACAUAAUAGACCGGUGCGCUCUACCGGUAGUGCUUUGCCACGCUUUAGCGGUAGUUCUUUCAGCACUGUUAAACGCUUUACAUCUCAGCCAAAUAUCAGUCUUCACUUUGUUCCUCUGGUUCGCCAUCUCAGUAACCGGUUCCCUCUGGUUCUACCAUAAUCUUCAGGUAACAGCAGCAGGGAAAGCGGUUUUGGUGACAGGUUGUGACAAUGUGUUGGGAAAUGCUCUGGCUAGAAGAUUGGAUGACUUGGGCUAUCAUGUGUUCGCGGGUUUUCAAAACAAGGCAGGCAACAUUGAUGCUGACAUGCUCAAAGAAGACUGCUCCGGAAGGUUGCACACCUUGCAACUUGACAUCACAUCAGAAACACAGAUUCUUUCAGCGUCUCUGUACAUAGUUGAUCACCUGCCAGAGGGCGCUCAAGGUCUUUGGGCAAUCGUGAACUGCGAAUCCUGGUGUGCACUGGGCGAACUAGAAUGGGUGCCGUUUUCGGUAAUACGACGCGCUAUGGAAGUUAAUCUGUUGGGACCAGCUCGUUUAGUUCAAGUGAUGCUGCCGUUGGUGCGCCGUGCUCGUGGACGUGUUGUUCUGGCAUCUUCGAUCCUAACUCACGUGGCUGCUCCAGUACGAGGUGUUCAUGCAGCUUCACUAGCUGCCCUGGACGCGCUUGCUGCCUGUCUGCGGCGAGAACUUAAGCCCAGGGGUGUUGAUGUUGUCGUUGUCGCUGCGGGUGAAUACACUACAGGUAGUGCUUGGCUCUCCGAGGAGAAACUUCUAGAGCAAGCUAGGGAUAUGUGGAAAAGACUCAGCGACGAACAAAAGGGCGCCUACGGGGAGGAUUACUUCGAACAAGCGUUGAGGAGCCUUGAGAAAUACACAAAAAGCCCUGACGCUGACCUAACGGCUGUGACGCGGGCGCUUAGUGAUGGCGUCACCCGCACCUUCCCCCUGGCUCGUUACACCCCGGUCUCACCGCGAGAGAAACUGAAGUCCCUACUAGCUGAGCACAUGCCCCGAUCUCUUUACGAAGGACUCUACGCCGACUAGAAAAUUCGAUAGAUGAAAAAUUUUCCAUUAUACUUUACUAACAUCUUUGUUAUCUUUUAAUAUAAAAUUCAAAAGCUUUUCUAUAGUUUCAUCAGAAAUUUUAUCGAUUUUGAGUUAAACGACAUUUUUCUACAGUGUAAAUGAAGAAUACAAAUUAUAAAAGUUAACAUUUUUUGUAUUUUAAUGGGAAUCCUAUUACAGAUGUUCACUAGAGCAUUUCCUACUAAUUAUUAUUAAUAUAUCUAAUAAUUUUAUAACUCGACACCCUCGCGGCGAGCAUUAUACUUAAUGUCUUCAAUAAGUUUCGCUAAUGUAGUGUUUGGAGCAAGUUGUAACCUAAAUGAGGUCAGCCUCUGAAGAUUGCAUGAAUUACGUAAGCUUUUAAGGGCGAGUGAGUUUUGCUGAUCAUUUAUGUACUUCCCCAUACUAGAGCACGUUCAUGGUAACACUUGAAGUGAGAAUUUGUAAGUUAAAAGUGCUUCUAAAAGGAUUGGUCUAUUUACUAUUCAAACUUUGCUCUUUUGAGUUUCAUGAGCAAUAAGAGGUUACGUUUUAAAAUUCAUUUUUUUUUUUUAGUAAAAUAAAUGUGUGAAAUAAUAAAAUGACUAUUUUAAAUAUAAAAAACUACACCUCCUCAAUAUUAUAACCCAUUUAAUUUUGCACUGGAAAGUACUGUUUGAGUUACUAAUGUAUAAAAAAUUGUGAAAAAAAUUCUUCGGCUGAGUAAAUAGAGACCAACCAUUUUAAAUGUCACUUGUUUUAAUCUGUCGCCCACACGUGUUCAUAAUCCAUCGCCAUAAUGACCGGUCGUACUUCACAGGUGACGUUAGAUGUUAACGAUAUUAGAAUUUAGAACGAGCCUAUGCACCGGUAUUUAAUGUUUGCUUUUUAAUUCUUAAUAGUAAUUCUUUUUAAUUCUUAAUAUUUCAAGCUAGUUACAAUGUGUGUAUAAUAGAAACAUUUGUAUUAUCUUGAUGUAUGUGCCUUAACGUCAUUAUUUUUUUUUUUCAUUUUCAGUGGAUUUUCACAUAAUUGGACUCUUGUAAUACGUAAGUUCUGUUAAGAAAGAAAGCAUCCAUUAUUUUGAUAGAAGGCAGCUUUGUAAACUCUGAAGCUUUGCUUCUAUAAAGGAUUUGUGACAAAACGUCUAUAACAAAAGUGGUAGCGAAGAAUGUAAAAAUUAUUUGAAUAAUGUUAUCACGAGAGUUUCUAGUCUUUUUCUAUAUUUAAGUGCAUUUAAACAUCUUGUUAUUAUCUGCGUUGAGGUUAUAGUUUUUUUUAAAUAAAAUAAAUUUAUUA